CAUCCUUAAAUUCUACCUACACUUAGUUAGAAUGGGUGUUCCUGCAUUAUUCCGAUGGUUAUCGAGAAAGUAUCCCAAAAUCAUUUCUCCUGUAAUAGAAGAAGAUGUUGAAGAAGAAAUUGGUGGAGCUAAAUAUUCUGAUCGGAACCCCAACGGAGAAACCGAUAAUUUAUAUCUUGAUAUGAAUGGGAUUGUACAUCCAUGUUCUCAUCCUGAACAUAAGCCAGCUCCAAGUACUGAAGAUGAAAUGUUCUUAGACGUUUUCACUUAUACAGAUCGAGUACUUAUGAUGGCUAGACCAAGAAAAGUAUUAAUGAUAGCGGUAGAUGGAGUAGCUCCAAGAGCUAAGAUGAAUCAACAGAGAGCUAGAAGAUUUCGAUCAGCUCAAGAUGCUAAGAUUGCUGAAGAAGAGAAGGCUCGAGAUAUUAAAGAGCGAGAAUUACGAGGAGAAAUAAUUGAUAAAUCUAUUAAGGAGAAGAAAUCUUGGGAUUCUAAUGCCAUUACUCCUGGUACUCCAUUCAUGAAUGGAUUGGCAGAAGCUUUAAGAUAUUGGGUGGCUUAUAAGUUAGCUAGUGAUCCAGCUUGGGCUGAUUUACAAGUAAUCAUUAGUGAUGCAACUGUCCCUGGUGAAGGAGAACAUAAGCUUAUGAAUUUUAUAAGAUCUCAACGUCUGGACCCUCAAUAUGAUCCAAAUACUAGACAUUGUAUUUAUGGAUUAGAUGCCGAUUUAAUCUUCUUGGGUUUGGCCACACAUGAGCCUCACUUCCGAGUCUUGAGAGAAGAUGUGUUUGCUAAUCAAGAUAAAAGAAUGACUGUAUCAGAUCAAAUAGGUCUUACAUCAGAACAAGAAGCUGCCAUUGCUGAAAGAGAUAAACGGAAACCAUUCUUAUGGCUUCAUAUUAAUGUAUUACGAGAAUAUUUGGCGAUUGAAUUAUAUAAUCCUCAAUUAAUGUUCCCAUUUGAUUUAGAAAGAGCCAUUGAUGAUUGGAUUUUCAUGUGUUUCUUUGUUGGUAAUGAUUUCUUACCUCAUAUGCCAAGUUUAGAUGUUAGAGAUAAUGGGAUUGAUAUUCUUGUCACCUGUUGGAAACGUUUAUUACCUCAUUUAAAGGAUUAUUUAACUUGUGAUGGUAAUUUAAAUUUGGAUUCAGUAGAAAAGUUAAUGGCAUCAUUAGCCAAUCAAGAAGAUGAUAUUUUUAGAAAGAGAAGAGAGAAUGAAAGAAGAAGAGAAGAAAAUCAUAAACGGAGAAAGCUUAUGCAAGAAGAAGAAAAGAAGAUGAAGAGUAUUUAUUCAUCUCAAGUAUCAAAGGGUCAUGAUAAAGCUCCAUUAUUGGCUGAUAUUAAUAUGCCAUUAAUGACUACUACUGGACAACUUGUUGAAGGGUAUGCACAAUUAUCUAAUAAAGAUAUUGUUCAUAAUCGAGACAUUAUAACCAAAGCCAAUAUGUCUAAUGCCGAUGCAGCAUCUGCUUUAAAGAAAUUAUUAGAUGCUAGAAAAUCUAAUGGUGGAAGUGGAAGUGGAAUUAGUGCAGUAGAAGCCAUCAAGCAAGCCGAAGCCGAAAUCGAAGUAGAAGAAGAAGAUAAUACUAAAAAGAGACGUUUAGAUGAUGAUAAUAAAUCUAAUACUAAUGCUAAUACUAAUGAACCAGAAGAUGAUGUAGCCCCAGGAGAUGUCAAAUUAUGGGAACCAGGUUAUAGAAAGAGAUACUAUCAAACCAAAUUCCAUGCCCAAUCAGAUGAAGAGAUUGAACAAGUGAGACGCAAUGUGGUUCGAUCAUAUCUUGAAGGUAUAUCAUGGGUUUUACUUUAUUAUUAUCAAGGAUGUCCGUCAUGGCAAUGGUAUUAUCCUUAUCAUUAUGCGCCAUUUGCAGCAGAUAUAUGUAAUGUUCAUGAUAUUAUUGGAGAAGAAGGAAUUAAGUUUCAAUUAGGAACUCCCUUCCGACCAUUUGAACAAUUAAUGUCAGUAUUACCGGCAGCAUCAGGUCAUACAUUACCAGAAGUAUUUCGAGAUUUAAUGAGUAAUCCUAAUAGUGAAAUCAUUGAUUUUUAUCCAGAAGAAUUUAAAAUUGAUAUGAAUGGACAAAAGAUGAGUUGGCAGGGGAUUCCUCUUUUACCAUUUAUUGAUGAAACUCGAUUACUUAAGGCUGUACAUUCAGUAUAUCCACUUUUAACAGAAGAUGAAACUGAUCGAAACACUAAUAAACAUGAUGUAUUAUUUAUAUCCAGUCAUAAUAAGAAUUAUAAACGAUUUAUUGAUAAUUUAUAUAGUAAUGAAGAUGGAACUAUACAAUUCCAUAAUGCAAAAAGUGGUCUUGGAGGUAUUGCCAGUAAAUUUAACAAACAUACCCUUGAAGGUCAAAUGAAAUUCCCCUUGGGACAAGGUGCUUUACCAGAUAUUUCUAAUAGUGAAUAUCUUCAAGUUAUUUAUCAUAUGCCUCCUAAAAAGCCGGGGAAAUCAAUGUUAUUGAAUGGUUAUAUCUCACAUCUCAAAGUGUUAACUGAAGAUGAUAAGAAUUCCAUGCUUUAUGGUCAAAGGGGUGGAUAUGGACGAUUCAAUAGUCCUCAAGAUAAUAGUGGUUAUGUCAAUGAAGGACCUUCUGGUAAGCAAUUAUACCUUGCGUAUAAUAUGCGGAGAGGAGGAUUCAGAUCAUUUAUUGAACAUAUGAAGAAUAAGACCAGCUAUUAUGAGCAAAGUUCAUCGGCGUACCGAACCAAUGCCAACUACAGAGGGAACUAUAGAGGUAACUAUAACAAUGGUAAUAACGGUAAUUAUAAUAAUGGUAAUAACUAUAACAAUAACUAUAAUGGCAAUGGUAAUGGUAACUAUGGUAACAAUAACUACGGUAACAAUAACUACGGUAACAAUAACUACGGUAACAAUAAUAACUACAGUAAUAACUACAGCAAUAACUAUAGCAACAACAGAUAUCCUAACCAAAACAGACAACACUCUAAUGGAAACCCAUCCAAUGAGUCUAGUCGGACUGGCUACUUACCCCCUCCUGGCAGAGGUGGUAGAAAUGGAUAUAGAAGAUAG